UCUGCUUACGUGCCUGCGCGCAGAAAACACUGCAGGCGCAAACAACAGCCAAAACACGCAGUCGCAGUCAUGGCGAGGUUAAGCGAGCAUGGGAUCCGCCUGAGUUCUAUGAGUCCCUCCUUCCUGAACAGCAACUCUACAAGUCACACCUGGCCCUUCAGCGCGGUGGCAGAGUUGAUAGACAAUGCAUCAGAUCCUGGUGUGUUGGCUAAACAGAUCUGGAUAGAUGUAGUAGAAGUAGCCGGCCACUUGUGUCUAACCUUCACUGAUAAUGGCAGCGGCAUGACGCCCAGCAAACUACACAAGAUGCUCAGCUUUGGUUUUACAGAAAAGGGUUUGGGGAAAGCCAAUCAGCAGGCCAUCGGCGUGUACGGGAACGGUUUCAAGUCGGGCUCCAUGCGUCUGGGCCGCGAUGCGCUCAUCUUCACUAAGAACGGCGGCUGCCAGACUGUGGGAAUGUUGUCUCAGACCUACCUGGAAAACGUCAAGGCCCAGGCCGUCAUUGUCCCCAUCGUCCCUUUCAACCAACAAACCAAGUCUCUGGUGGUGACCGAGGAUUCAGAGGCCAGCCUGGCAGCCAUCCUUCACCACUCCAUCAUCACCUCCCAGGAGCAGAUACUCGCACAUUUUGACUCCAUUCUCUCCAAAAAGGGAACCAAGAUAUUAAUCUGGAACAUCCGCAGGGCCAAAGAUGACAAGCCAGAGAUAGACUUUGAGACCGAUGUGAGCGACUUCCGUUUGCCUGAGAUUCAGAUUGAGGAGCUGAAGAAGGGUCUGAGGAGUACUGGAUCCCUGAGGGCCGAACAGAACAUCCCGGACAUGCACUACAGUCUCAGGGCGUACCUCAGUAUCUUGUACCUGAAGCCAAGGACACAGAUUAUACUGCGGGGGAAGAAGAUUUUGGCUAAACUGGUGUCAAAGAGGCUGAAAUACAUCGAGCAUGAUGUUUACAAACCUCACUUCAGUAAAGAGAAGGUGAAAGUGACCUUUGGGCUGGACCCCAAAAACAAAGACCACUAUGGCAUCAUGAUGUACCACAGGAACCGACUCAUUAAAGCCUACGAGAAAGUGGGCUGCCAGCUGAAGGCCUCAGGUCAAAGGGUGGGAGUUGGGGUCAUCGGUAUCAUCGAGUGUAACUUUCUCAAACCUGCUCACAACAAGCAAGACUUUGAGUACACCAAAGAAUACAGGCUCACCCUCGGUGCUUUGGGCCUAAAACUGAAUGACUACUGGAAAGAGGUGACAGAGAAGAGGGCCAGAGAACGAGAGUUUCAGGCUCUAGAGAAAGAUGAACAUAUAGAAGAGCAGGAGGUGGAUGAGGGUCCCCUUUGGUUACAGUGUGAAGAGUGCCUGAAGUGGCGAAACAUCCCUGCAAAUCAUUACAAGGUGACUCCUGAAUCUUGGAACUGCAGCCAGAACCCCAAUCCACGUUACAGAAGCUGCUCUUCACCAGAGGAAGCAGAGGACAGCCUGGAGCUGUUAACACCCAGCUACCAGAAAAACCACAAGAAACAAGAGCAUCCCAAAAGCAGAAAACGAGAAAAAUCAUUGGAGGUGUGUGGAGUCCAGGGUCAAGCGGCUAAACAUCAGAUCCUCUCACGCAGCACAUCAGAGCCGAGCCAGCCCACCUUCCAGUCCACACACACACCUGAACACACAAGUACAGCAGGUCAACGCCACACAGAGGAAAACACACAGCAACAUGAUCAGACAAACACAGAUCACCCAACAGAAAACGUUACAGACACACUUGAUGAUGCACAGACACAAAGUACAGUCACAGCUGGAGACACACAACAGAGACCCGUGGGAAGAGGCACGGUCAUUAAAGACCACACAGUCACACAUGUGGAAAAUGGCACAGAUGAUCCCAGGCUGGAAGAGAAAAACACAAACACGGAGAGAGAGGAGGAGAAUACGGACACAUUUAGCCACAAAAGGAAAUCAGGAUCAUACAUUUGCUGUGUGAAAAAGAAGCCAUGUGUUUGGGAGGGGCAACAGCCUGACUCAGAAAACAUGGCAGAAGAGGAGAUGAAUCCUGAGAAACAAACAAAUAUAUUUGAAAAACUCUCCUUGAAGAGCAUCGACCAGGACAGUCGAGUAGAGAAACCAGGAGAAUCUGCACAGCGAACCCUCACCUGGACGAACUCGCUCCCCUCCACCCAGACUGUGAUGGUUUCUCCUUUAAGUCGAACAGCAGAGCCGCGGUGCAGACCACUGCCUCCGGACAGGAAUGACCGGGAAACUAACGUGCAGAGGCUUGCCGGUUUGGAGAAAGAGGCCCAGAGGCUGAGGACGCUUCUGGGUCUGGAAAUCGAAAAAACAACUCAAGGCACAAUGACGACACCUGACAGCAGUGCUGAAAAAUUAAAAGAAGGGCAGGUGACUCCACAGGCACCCACAGCGAGGAGAGAGGUCGGCUGCCAGACGGACAUGGUUCAGAGCUCUACCUCAUCCAGCAGCCCGAUCCAGGCUCCAGGACAUCAGGGGGUGGUGGUCCUGGGUCAGAGAGCUGUUUGUGGGCCAAAGGAGCAGCAGAUGGAGCAAAACCUCAGCAGAUCUUCACAGGAGAAUCUGCGCAGCAUCCGUAACAACGUGGUGGUGCUUCUCACUGCCCUCUUGCCCCAACUGGACCUGGCUGGAAUCAGCAUGGACACCACUGACGUGGACAACAUCCUGCAGCAGAUCAUAGAGGUCAACUCACUGAAACUAUAAAUUAUGUUGUAAGAGUUUUGUUGACAAAGAUUAAUAUGUUUGUUCUGUGUUCUUACGCAAAGUUUGAGUUGGAAUUUAAAGUUAUUUUUCAAUUUUUAAUCACCACUUAUCAAGUUUGCAGUGGCUGCAAACAUAUUGGCAGUUGGUGACAUUAUUUUGUCACAUCCUCUGAUGAUUUCUGGCACUUAUCUAUUUUUUGUUGUUAGCCUUUCUGCCCCAUUUCUACAGGAAUUCAAGUUUUUUUAUUUGAAGUUCCCUCUCUAUUUUCAGCGUGUUGUGUUGCUGUUUUGUUUUUGUUGUUUUGCUUGUUUUUACUGACUAUUUAAAUAAGUUUUAUACACAUGUUGUUAACAUGGAGUUUUGCUUGUUUGUGGAUUUGUCCAUGAAUCCUUUUUAAACAAGGCUUUUCAUGUUUGCAAUAAAAUACUAAAAGCA